UUUCAAUAAAUAAAAUUUAUAAACAUAUUUUCAAUAUAUACAUUGCAUAAGAGAUCAAAUGCCCAGCUAUACAAAAUCAAUACGCUUAAAUAUUUUAGAUCAUUUGUAUAUACAACUCCAUUGUCAUCAUUCGCGUAACUGUUACGUUAUUACGUUACUUUUAUAAUUCAUUUCACUUUUUAUUAUUCGCGUUACUUUUUAUCGCAAAGAACAAGAAGAAACUAAAAAAUGAAAUGAAAGUUAUACUUCGAGUAAUGUUUAUAAAACCUACCGCCGUAUUAUGUCAAUUAUUGUUAAUUUUAAAGGAUCACCUAGCAACGCAACGUUGAUUUGUAUACGUCAAGGUCGUGUCAAGGUCAUGCUUAUUAUACGUACACGUGUAAAUGUAUUUUCGAUCGUCUGCGCUCCACACAACGAUGCAACAUAUAAAAUAUGCAGUUUCACGGGAGAAAAAAGAUAUCCUUUCAAAAAGGUCAUUAAAAAUCAAAUUUACAGAAAAAUAGUUUCCUCCCUUCGAUUCGUCUCUGCGGAUCAUUUGUACCGAUAUGUUUUGCGUCUGAAAAGCUCGAGGAAACAUUUAAGCCGACCGUAAUUGUGCCAGCUUGUACAUUCCUCCCGUUUUUAUUGUUCGCAAAGCGGAGAAAAAGGAUCGAAUUUGCAUUAAAACUCGAACGAACGUUUCGAUUAUUUGAAAAUGUGGCCAGCUCUGGCGACCGGACCCUUAACUACAGUACUGACGUGCGGAGGGAUGUCUCGUGGACAGCAUCGAUUCAGGCUUGCGCGUACCAGGGAUGCUGGCCAUAUUCCUCCGAUCUCCCAACCCCUGUAACACGCCAACCCCCUUUAGUCUAUGUUGCGAUUAAGUGCUCGCGAUUAGGGACUCGAGGAUCGUGGUAGACCGUAGACGACCAUGCGGUGUCGUAGCCCACGUAGUUAGACGAUUUCUCGACCCUUUAUUUUCAACUAAUUUCCGUUCUCCGGGCCCGCUGCGACCCCUUUUUCAGUUUCUCGCCGUUCAGCCGAACAGAGACGAACGGGUCCGGGUCGUCCGCGCUGGAAGAGCUGUGCCGCCCCGACGUCCGUGUCCUUCAGGAACCGUAGGAACCGUUGCCGCCGCGAACCGGCCGGACGAAUCUCUGGCACGUCGUGUAUCGAGCAACGAAAUAAAAUAAAAGAUGGCCAAUUUCCGGGGAUUCUACAUACCAUCCAUCGGGGCGACCAUCAACGUCGCCUGGGAAACAAUAAAGUCGAAAUGGCCGGAGAACAGCCCCUGCAUGGAGCUGAUCCGCGGUCCUGGCCAGCAGGCUCCGGGACGGGACGGCCAAGGCCAGUUCAAAUCGUUCGACGAGGGUCGCGACAACACGGAAAUGAUGACCAUGAACGGCGACCAGGUCUAUCGGGAACAGAACAACGUGGCCAUGGCCGAGGAUUCGUUUAGCUAUCAGCGGAACGGGGACAAGAUCAGAACAGGAAGCGUGAGCAGCGGCGAGUUCAGCGAAUACGACGAGGGUGGCGGCGAGUUCGGUAGCUCGGGGGUGAAGAUAAACGAGUGGCAGGCUGCUUGGAAUGUCACGAACGCCAUACAGGGUAUGUUCAUCGUGUCGUUGCCGUUCGCCGUGUUGCGGGGCGGUUACUGGGCGAUCGCCGCGAUGGUCGGCAUAGCGCACAUCUGUUGCUACACCGGCAAGAUCCUGGUCGAGUGUUUGUACGAGCUGGACACGGUGACCGGGCAACGGGUUCGUGUCCGGGACUCGUACGUGGCGAUCGCGAAAGAAUGCUUCGGGCCAACGUGGGGCGCCAGGGCGGUGAACAUCGCGCAGAUCAUCGAGCUGCUGAUGACCUGUAUCCUGUACGUGGUGGUCUGCGGGGACCUGAUGAUAGGCACGUUCCCGGAGGGCGCGAUCGACACCAGGAGCUGGAUGAUGCUGAUCGGCAUAUUCCUGCUGCCGCUCGGCUUCCUGAAGUCGUUGCAGCACGUCUCCGUUCUCAGUUUCUGGUGCACGAUGUCCCACCUGUUCAUAAACGCGAUCAUCGUCGGCUACUGCAUCCUCGAGAUCGGGGACUGGGGCUGGUCGAAGGUCAAAUGGACGAUCGACUUCGAGAACUUCCCGAUCUCCCUCGGCGUGAUCGUGUUCAGCUACACCUCGCAGAUCUUCCUGCCGACCUUGGAGGGGAAUCUGAUCGAUCGGUCCAAGUUCGACUGGAUGCUGAACUGGAGCCACAUAGCGGCCGCCGCGUUCAAGUCCCUGUUCGGCUGGAUCUGCUUCCUCACGUUCCAGAACGACACGCAGCAGGUGAUCACCAAUAACCUCCACUCGGCCGGCUUCAAGGGCCUGGUGAACUUCUGCCUGGUCGUGAAGGCCGUGCUAUCUUACCCUCUGCCGUACUACGCGGCCUGCGAGCUCCUCGAGAGAGCGUUCUUCAGGGGCAGACCGAAGACGAUAUUCCCGACGAUAUGGACCGUCGACCGGGAGCUGAAGGUCUGGGGCCUUGCGUGGCGGGUCGGCGUCAUCGUUUUCACCAUCCUCAUGGCGAUCUUCAUCCCGCACUUCAGCAUCCUGAUGGGCUUCAUCGGCUCGUUCACCGGCACGAUGCUCUCGUUCAUCUGGCCGUGCUACUUCCACCUGAAGCUGAAGAGAAACUCCAUGGAGUGGAGCGAGGUCGCGUACGACUGCUUCGUCAUUUUCCUCGGUGUUCUGUUCGGCGUGAUCGGGGUUUACGACUCGGGCUCCGCCCUGAUCAACGCCUUCGAGAUCGGCCUACCCUUCUGAACGGCCAGCCGCCGGUUCAGCUUCGUCGACUUUCGUUUCCCUUUUACAGGAACAAACCGUAAACGUUCUGUUUUAGAAGCUAGAUCAGAUAACACCGUGGAGCCGCAGCUUGCAGCUUGUCGGUCGAUGAGCCACGUGUCUUGUUCAGAUACCCACGCCCGGUCUUCCAGAAUUCUACACACAUACACACCACACACACAGACACACGCACGGUACAAAAAGAUAGAGUCUCGUGUCCAAGAGAAUUUCUCGGGCGCGGUCGAACGGCUUCUCCGUCGCGUCUGUCGUUUUCAUAUUAACUUAGCCGGUGUACGUACAAAAACAAACGUCUCGAUCGCGUCGCGUCUCGUCGAUCGUUUUCACGGGGAGAUCGCCGCGGGCUCGAUCCUCGUUCAAAUCAUGAAAAUUCGCUUCGUUCCGCAUUGAAACAGAGACGGACAAAAAAAUCGCCGAUCGAAUUAGCGGACGGUUAAUCGUCUCGUGAUCACGAUCGAUAAGACCCGCCGCCUCCACCGCAGGAUUUAGCAAACCUCGUGUACAAAACAAGAAAAUACGGCCUCCCAAUUCGUUCGUUGUAGACACUCGAGGAUUCGUUUGAUCGAGGGCUGUACAAACGUUCAGGCGUUUUGAGAUUGUAUAUUUAUAUUCCAACCAGAACUCACACAUAUCUAGCAAAUGAAUCUAUUUAAGUGGAGAAAGAUUGAGAGCACGAGCGAAAGGCAGCGAGAGAACGCGUGAGAACGAGAGAGAAAGUGAGUGAAAAAGAGAGAGAGAGAAUGAGAGAGAACGAUCGUCGUAGAACAACAAUCUACAAGGUGUCCCGAAAAUGUCUUGGGAUCCGCAAACGGGCGAUUCCUGAGGCCGUUUUAAAUAACUCUUUCCUUUACAAACAUUUCCUCCGGGGCUCCGUUUACGAGUUAUCAACGAAAAACAGCGUUUUCGCAGAGGAAAAAGUUCCUUCGAAUGACCUCAGGAUCCCCGAUUUCCGGAUUGCGAGACGUUCUCUGUACACGCGAGAAUCUUCGGACUUCGGAAUUGUCGCGCGUCUUCGUUUUUUCGAAAGUUUUGACAAUGAUCGUCGACAACAGGGGCUUCCUUAGGCAAAAAAAAAACCACCUAGAACUAGCGCGCAAUUUACGUGACAAUAUCUUCGCCUAGCUGUAAGUAUAUCGAUGUCUUCCACGUGUGACGCGUUCGGCAAGUGAGGAAACGAACACGGUGAAUUAUUAUCUACGUACAAGUUGACUACUGUUACGCAAGUUUCGGGAUUUUAUAAUCGCAAACUAGCGAGUCUUGUGAUUUCUGUUUGCGCGUCAUCGACGACGCCGCGCCGGGGAGGCGUUCGGUUUCUCCUUCCAAGGGCGUUUCUCAAGGGGAUGUAACGUCCCUGGCGCCACUUCCGGGUCACGGAUGGCCCGCGAUCGACGAUAUGCUCGCCACCGGAAACCUCGUGGUUUCGAUUCCGAUAAUUUCCGAUCGAAACGUUCGACUGCGAUCUAGAAAAGAAAACGAGGACGAAGGAACCAUUCGAACGACGCUCGAAUUUUUUGUCGAAUAUUCCACGUUGUUCUAAAUGUUACCGUAAAGCAAGACUUCGUCGAAUGCGUCGUCGAGCUGAGUCAGAAACAAAUAUCGCUGACUAUAAUCAACGCGAUUCAGACUCAACGAGAAUCGUUAAAAUUUAAUCGUAGCGACAGAUAUGCGUGCAGUAAAUGAAAUAUUCAAUGUUAUUUGCGUUCGUGGAUAAGAACUACGAAAGAAGCGCGCAGUUUAUGACUCAUCUGGACAAGCAUACCGGUUCUCCGAAGUGUCGCGAGCAAACUUCGCCAGCUGCGGGCCAUUACAACCGCCGAUUACAAUAGAAUUACUCAACGGAGCGUCGAACGUCUCCUCGUCGUCGCAGGGGAACGGAAAUUUGUAAGCGCUGUUCACGAGUUUGCGUAAAAAAAGCGGAGCAACAACGGGUCCCUCCCGAAAGUUCUGACGGCAAAAGGGACGGCGACAAAGUGACCAGGACGAUGGAGAACAAUGGCGGAGGCGACCAAUUUGUAGAGAAAUUAGCCGAUCGUUGAAACGUUCAGAACGACGAGUGAAAUAUUUUUUUAGGAGGAGGAUCCUUUCGGGCAGAUUUAUUUGUAUCUAUGUAUUGUACAUCUAACGUUCUCGAUAUCGCGAGAAAUUCACACCCCGUGUCAGACAGUUCUCGUUACGAAAUAUUUUUGUACGUUCGCACCGAUUGAUUUUCGUACUUUAGAAGCAGCUACUUUUGUCCGACCAGUCGAGAUUUCAGUUUCUCGUAAGUUUUCACACAUCGGUGGCAGGGGCGACCGUUUCAGAAUUCAUUAUUCUCAGAGCUUCCCGGGCAAAUCUCACGCGUUCGGCGUGUUGCCCGCAAAUCCGGGGGGAGAAAAAACGAGAGGCCGAACACGGCGAAGGAGUUAUAUCGGGCUCUGAACAGCGCGAAUGUAACACGUUAUGUACGGGCGAGUACAAUUAGUUAUAUAAUCCAACGUCUUCCGAGGCCUGCACAGGUCAUAUAGAUCACACGUUAGCGUAAGCAAUAUGAAUGUAGCCAAUGCAGUAGUUCGGCGAAGGUGGCGGGAUGCUCUUUUUUUCGCGUUUCGUUCAUGCUAACGCUGUGUUUCGUUAUCGGUCCCCUAUUUAAAACGCCGACGGAAAUGAACAGACAAAUAAGAUGAUCCUGUCGAUGUCAAGGUGAAAAGCCGGGGAGCGAAUCACGCGUUAAUAUCGCUUCCGUUGAUCUGUUUUUAUGCGAGAAAAAAGUAACAAAAGAAGAGGAGACGCGGAUCGACGCUGUCUUCGUACGAAACAGGCGAGAAACGGAUCAAAGAACAUCUCGCAGCCGCAGAAAUGUGUUACUUAAAAGGAGAUACGAUAAUAUUUAUGAAACGAGUCUUCCAAAUGAUGUCUUCCAGAAUGAUAACAAUAAUUACUGUACUACGAUCUAUUGAUCGAAGGAAAUCUUUGUCAAUGAUAUUAAACGUUAUAUUGAGAGUUAUAGGAGUUAAGCGUUAAUUGUUAAGCCAAUGAUCAAAGUUAACGUAUAAGGGAGGAAGAAAAGAAGUCAUCGCUGUUCGUCAUUCGACUAGUUCUAUCAUUUCUCGCGGAAUAUUCUCGCGACCCUGGGCAUCGGUAUGGGCGAUAGCAGGGCGGCCAAACGAAGCGUCGUAUCGCCUUAUCCUCGUCGAAAGAUCGCCGCCGGAAUGUCGCAGAGCCCCUUUGUUUCGGCCGUGGGAAACGAGGUUUCAUACCAACCGUCGACCAAAGAAAUAGAUAACAGUUAAUAUCAGCGAUCAAUGUUGCAUAAUCUUAACGAAGAAUGGAGAUUCGAAAAUAUUCUCCGUAAUUCGCGCUCGGAUCGCGCAGAAAAAUGGACAAUUUUGGAGGGGGAGACGCGAUUAUUAUAUCACCGAUUGUCAACGAUUAGAAAAACGAGAUAAGCAAAAGGCUCGGAUGAUCGUGUCUCCUCUUCCCACAUUGUCGAUUUUUGUGCGCGAUCUGAGCGCGAAUUACGGAGAAAUUGCUGUACUCGUCGAGGAGAUUGGCGGAAUUUUAGGGGUUGAAAUUCUCGUCUCGGCGUCCGAGUCUUUGCUCGGCGAUGUAACGGCGUUCUUUCGUUGACAGGCAAGGUGUUAUCUCUGCUUCGAUACGCAUUCGAUACGCUAACAUCCGUUGGACGAAUUCGAGGAAUGCUCAUACGAUAUACCAUUGUGUCCAUUCUAUCCUCCGGUCUGUUCAGAGGUUCUCUAUCGGUCGUGAAAAAAAAAGAUCAGUACGGUCCUUUCACGGUUUGCCACUUACGCGAAUUAUUUAUCGAAUUAUAAGGAAGAAAUGACGCGCGGAACAAUGCAGAUCCAACGCGACAAUAACAAAAUGUCGUCUCUUCUGGCUUACCUUCGGGAAUAUUUAUUAUUAUUAUUUGUAUUGUUAUUUGUUUCGUGGUUGUUUGCUGCCGAUUCCUCUGGUCAUUGUCGAAACGAUAUUAGACGUGCAAUCUUCAUUGGCAACAAACUAAGGGCAAUACAGUUUGAUCGAUCUUCCGCACAAUUGUUCUUCCUGACCAUCGAAAAAUAUCCGACGACUUCGUAGCGCGUCUUUAAUCACGAAGUGCCAGCUAGAAGAAACGAGACACGUUAUUGUCUAUCCACGAACAUUGGACGUCAUUAGCAUUCGUUGCACAAUGGAUUUUUCAGGUUGCGCGUACGAAAUAUUCUGUUUGCGAAAGCCUAAAAAACGGUGACGAGUUUUACGGCAAAUUAUAUAUUAGUACACGCAUAGCGUUCACGAACUUACGAUACUGGGCGUAGAAAACCGUUUAAACAAAAAAGUUUACCUCCGUUAUGGAACGUGAUAAAAUAUUCCUAAGAAAUCGAAGACGUUUAUCGUUUAAUUUCGUUUAUCAUAAAUAACAAUGUAUGCCUGCGCGAAGAUCCGCUGGUCCAGCGCGACGAAUUGCAAAUUAGAAAGGCUAACAGAUCAUUUCUCGAUACAUCGAUGCCUAUGAUUAACACGAAUUUCUGUUCGUGCUAGUACCUAUGAUUUAGAUGCGAGUCGAUAAAAUGGCAAUAAAUGACUGAGAGCGUACAAUGAUAAAAUUCGGUGGCCAAGCAUAGAAUGUUUAUGCGUAGUAUUUGAAUGUUUUGAUCGAUUCGUAAAUGCGUUCGUGUUCGCGCUAUCGACGGCUUUCCGUUUCUAAAUGCGUUCUCGCGUGAAAAUUGUACAUUCGCAUUAUUCUUGUUUUUGUCAGCAGAAAGUCGCCCGACGUUUUAGCCAAAAACUUAUCGCUUAGAUCGGAUCUCGCUUUCAACAGAACCGCGAUGCUUUCCCGCGGCGGUUGGCGGACAACCUCAUUACUGUUGUAGUUAAAUAUAAAACGUAUAAGCGUUAUAAAACGAUGUAAAAUGGGCUUCCACAUAUACAUAAAUAUAUGUAUAUAAAUAUAUGAAUUAUGAAAGACGAAAAUACAUUACCAAAAUUUUA